AUGCCUUCCGUAGCAGUAAGUGACAUGGACGUCCCCGCACAGCCCGUCCACCCUCUCCCCGAAGCCAAGGACCCUCUCGGCUCCUCCGUCGCAACACCCCAACUCUUCUCCCUCGCCAACAAGACCAUUGUCAUCACCGGCGGCGGCCGCGGCCUAGGCAUCACCUUCGCCCUCGCUAUCCUCGAAGCCGGAGGCAGUGCCGCCUGCCUCGACAUCCUCCCGGAGCCAUCACCCGUCGAGUGGGCUCACCUCACCAAGCUCGCCACCUCCAAGAACCUCUCCGUCACCUACCACAAGUGCGACAUCACCGACGAGGCGGCCACGGAAAAGGUCUUUGAGGACAUUGCCGACGAUGCCGACAGCCGCGGCGCUCCCUUCUGGGGCGCCGUCGCCUGCGCCGGCAUCCAGCAAAAGAUCCCCGCUCUCGAGUAUCCCGUCGCCGACUUUGAGCGGAUCCAAAAGGUCAACGUCGUCGGCGUCUUCGUGACGGCCAAGCACGCCGCCCGCGUCUUGGUGAAGCGCAAGAGCAAGGGCAGCAUCUUGCUCAUCUCGAGCAUGUCUGGAGAAAUCGCCAACAGAGGAUUGACGUGCAGUGCCUACAACACCAGCAAGGCUGCUGUUCAGCAGAUGUGCAGGUCUGUUGCUCAGGAAUGGGGUCAAUAUGGUAUCCGUGUAAACACUCUGUCGCCUGGCUAUAUCCGGACGGCAAUGACGGACCAGCUCCUACAGGCCGAGCCUGACGUUGAAACGACCUGGAUGAGAGGCGCCCUUCUCCAGCGCCUGGGCACACCCGAAGACUUCAAAGCGCCCGCCGUCUUCCUCCUGUCCGAAGGCAGCUCUUUCAUGACCGGCGCAGAUCUCCGUGUCGAUGGUGGACACUGCGCUUCCGCUUAA